UUAAUGCACAUAACAACAAGUCCUUUGUGGCCAUUAUUUUUGUUUUCUUCAAUCCCCAGCUCAUUUCAGGAUCUCAAGCUGGACACAAGGAUUCCCAAAAAUACCGCCAGAUAUUUUGGAUUUCAGCUCCCUGAAACCCCAGCCAGCUUGGUCCACCUGGGAGCUGAAGUCCAAAACAUCUGGAGGACCAAAGUUUGGGACUCACCUAGCUAGAGCAUUCCCAUCAGGUAGCCAUCCAGCCUCUUUUUGAAGACCUCUAGGAGAACAUGAUGGUGAUGAUGAUGGAUGGCUGGAGCAGAGCUGGAAGAUGUGACAUUCAGGCGUCAAGGAAGCUGGCACCCCAAUCUUCCUCCCCCGCAUUCUUCUUCAUGGCUUUAGAUUAGAAACUUUUUGCCUCGAGGAAGCAAACUCUCACUCCCAGCUUGUCAUAGUUCUGGGUGAGGCUCAAAGGGAAUUCUCUAAGUGACUCAAAGCUUUGGCACGUCCUGCCCUGGAAUGGGGUGAGGUGGCCAGCUUUAUGUGAGAUGGAAGGAAGGUUCUAGUCUCUGGACUGCAGGCUGGAAGACCCUUUCCAUAAAGUGGGUUGGAGACGUUUAGCUUUCCCGCAUCUAAUGGAUUUUGAAUGCGUCACAAUCUGGAAGCCAGAAUGUGUUGGCCAAGGCCCUCUACGACAAUGUGGCCGAAUCUCCGGACGAACUCUCCUUCCGCAAAGGCGACAUCAUGACGGUGCUGGAGCGCAACACCCAAGGCCUGGAUGGCUGGUGGCUCUGUUCGCUCCACGGGCGGCAGGGCAUCGUCCCGGGGAACCGUCUCAAGAUCCUGGUGGGCAUGUACGACAAAAAGCAUCUUCCAGGGACUGUUCAGGGGCAGAAUCAGCCUUUGCCGCUCCACCAGCCACCGCCGCAGCCAUUGCCCCCGCAGCCAGCAGGGCCGACAACUCUGGCUUAUCCCCACCAAGGGGGCUACACACCGCUAUCGCCCGCCUCUCAGUACACCUCUAUGCACCCCUCUUAUCUUCCCCAAGAAGACAAUGUCUACCUAGUGCCAGCGCUGACCAAGGCCCAGGUGGCCAACCUCCAUCAGGGCUCCUUGCCUGCAAGCCCCUUCCCACCAGGAAAACAGGCGUCCUCUUACCCAAAACAGAGCCCUCCGCAAGGCCAGGAUGUGUACCAGGUGCCAGCUGGACCAGCUAGUCCACCUCAGGAUGUUUAUCAGGUGCCCCCGGCUCCCGCUGGGUUAGGGCAAGAGAUCUACCAAGUGCCUCCUUCUCUGGAUGGACGCGGCUGGGAGACGCCAAAGACUCAAGGGAAGGUGGUAGUCCCCACACGCGUGGGGCAGGUGUACGUCUAUGACUCCCCCAAAGCGGAGAAGGAUGAGUAUGACGUCCCACGCCACCUUCAAGAGAUCUACGACGUCCCUCCGACACGGGCCCUGCUGGUGAACCAGUCCAGCCAGGAGGUGUACGACACCCCUCCCAUGUUGGCCAAGGGCCCCAACAGCAGGGAUCUGGCUCAUUCCCAGGAGAUUUAUGAUGUGCCCCCCAGUGUGGAGAAAGGUCUGCAGAUGGUGUACGACAUCCCCCCCUCGGUUAGCAAGGAUGUCCCAGACGGUCCAACACGGGAGGAGACGUAUGAUGUGCCCCCCGUCUUCUGCAAAGCCAAGCCCUUUGACCCUUCAAGGCACCCACUCAUCCUUGCCCAACCAGGGUUGCCACCGGUAGAGCCUUACUUGCCCGAAGAUGUCUAUGACGUGCCUCCGGCGGCGGCGGUGAUAGCCACGAGCAAAGCCAUCCCUGAUACCCAGGAGAUCUAUGAUGUGCCUCCCGGCCUGAGGAAAGUGGCCUCGUGCCAAGAGGUCUACGAUGUGCCCCGUGAACUCCCGGUGGGCAGCAAGGAUGGGGAAGGCGACUACAUUUACGACGUGCCACCUCAGGUGGACCGGGAGGGCAAGCCGGGCGAGGGCAAGCGCCUCUCGGCCUCCAGCACCGGCAGCAACCGCAGCAACCUUUCCAGCUCCUCUCUGGACACUGUGCCGGUCAAGGAAGCCACUGAGAAGGAGCUCCAUCUUGACCAGGACGUUGCAAUGGAGACGCUGGCCCGGCUCCAGAGCAAUGUCGGCACAGCUGUCUCCUACCUCAUGUCCUUCAUUAGUAGCAACUGGCGCAGCCCCGAGCAGAUGGAGACUCAAACGACCCAGAUCCGAGGGGCAGUCGAGAGCAUCAAGGGGGCACUCAGGGAACUGUUAGAGUUUGCGCGAGGAGCUGUCAGCAACGCUGCGCAGGCGUCCGACCGCUCCCUCUACGCCAAGCUGAGCAAACAGGUGCAGAAGAUGGAGGAGGUAUACCAGGCACUGCUCAGGCACAGCCAGGCCUUGGACAGCUGCGGCUGGGCAUCCUCUGCCCUGGUGCCCACCAAGCCUGGCUCCCUGGAUGACCUGGAGCACUUGGUCAUGUACUCAAGGGGAGUGCCAGAUGACACAAAGCAGCUGGCCUCCUUCCUUCAUGGCAAUGCCUCCUUGCUCUUCAGACGGACCAAGGCGCCCCCAGCCUCACUUGGGGAUGGCGGACUCAGCCACCACGGCACAGCACCCACUGACAAGGCAAGCACCAUCCAGUCCCGGCCUUUGCCCUCACCGCCCAAGUUUCUGGCCCAGGACUCGCCCGACGGGCAAUACGAGAACAACGAGGGCGGCUGGAUGGAAGAUUAUGACUACGUGCAUCUACAGGGAAAGGAGGAGUUUGAGAAGACCCAGAAAGAGCUCCUGGAGAGAGGCAAUAUCAUCCGGCAAGGAAAAGGACAGCUGGAGCAGCAACAGUUGAAGCAGUUUGAACGUCUGGAGCAAGAGGUCACGCGUCCUAUCGACAAUGACCUGUCCAACUGGACCCCACCCCAACACUACGCUCAUGUCCAGGGGGGCAUUGGUGGCACCACCCGGUGCCCUUCUGACCGGCAGCUGCUACUGUUCUACUUAGAGCAAUGUGAGGCCAACCUGACCACGCUGACCAACGCCGUGGACGCCUUCUUCACAGCCGUCAGCACCAACCAACCACCCAAGAUCUUUGUGGCCCACAGCAAGUUCGUCAUCCUGAGCGCCCACAAGCUGGUCUUCAUUGGGGACACUCUCGCGCGCCAGGCCAAGGACCAAACCGUGCGCCACAAGGUCACCCACUACAGCAACCUUCUUUGUGACAUGCUCAAAGAGAUUGUGGCCACCACCAAGACUGCUGCGCUCCAGUACCCUUCCCCUGCAGCCGCCAAAGACAUGGUGGAACGGGUCCACGACUUGGCCAACAGCACGCAGCAGUUCCGGAUGGCACUGGGGCAGCUGGCAGCCAUGUGAAGUAGCCCAUCUUAAAGGGGAGAAGGUUUAUUGGGAAACCAUCCCCUAUAAAUGGACUGUAAAUACUUCGCCGGACUGCUGUAGGACAGAGCCUUGGGGAGGAAGAUGAGGGUCCCUUCCUCUCUCAUUUCCUCUCAGAGAUGGUCUGCAGUCAGAGACUUCUGUGCCAGAUAGGUCUGGAUCUGGGCCCGUUUAUGUGACCAACAAGGGAGAACAUUAUAGGGUCCCAAGGGCAUCCGGAGAUGGUAGCAAAAAGACAAAUUAUUUUUUCCCCUGCAGUUUGAUUCUGAAAUUGUUUGGCUAAUGGGCACUAUUUAAAUCAAAUAAAGAAACAUAGAAUCCAAGCAA